AUGGCAAAAUCCUUUUUAAUAACCAUUUUUGUACUGGCGUUUGCGCUUCUAAGUGAUGCAAAAUUACGUUUUCUUAUUGACGAAGUAAAUGGGGAUCACGAGGCCUAUGCCGAAUUGGCGCUCUACAUGACCGAACGUUACAUAAGCCCGAAAACGAGUACACUCAUCAUCAUGGAGCAGUGCGAACAUUGCCAGCCAGGACUGCAAAAUAUGCACACCCGUUUGAUGCGCCACUUCUUGAAGCGGUUUAAUCCCACCAUGUCGUUGCAGCUGUCCUUUGGCUUGCCAGAGGGUAGACUGUGGGACUAUAAUAUUUUUAUUGUAGAUUCUAUGGAAGCAUUCAAGCACUUAAGUAUUCACAUUCCGGUAACCCGUUACGAAUACCAGUUCCAUUUCUUCGUAAUUUUAACUUUGCGAACUAAAAGCUCGAAAAUUGCAAAUGAGCAGAUGGGCGGCAUAUUCAGGGAGUGUUUGCGUUUUCAUGUGGACAAUGUGGUUAUAAUGUUCCAGCUGGAAGACAACAAAUUUGGAUUUUUUACUUAUGAUCCUUUUGGGAAGGAUUUCUGCCGCCAAAUAGUUCAAAUCAUUGAGUUUAAUACUUACGUGAAUGGCAAUUUGACUGAUGAUCGCCUCUUUCCGCCACAUUUGCGUGAUUUUCACGGCUGCACUUUGAAUAUAUGUGUGCAGUUGUCUUAUCCAUUCAUGGGAUUUAAAGGUGAUCACAACGAUCUGCGCCAGCUGCAGGACAUUAAUAAGUUGGUGGGUAUAGAAGCCGAUCUGUUGAAGGAUCUGUCGAAAGCGUUGAAUUUUCGCGUGAAUAUUUCGAUACCAAAAGAGGAUAGUGUUAUUGGAGAGUUUAAUGACUCGAAAGGGUGCUUCGUGGAGCUCAAUGCUGGAAAAACGGACAUUGCAAUUGGCUGUUUGAGUAGCUCGGAUGGUUUACGCCAUGUCUUCAGUUACUCUGUCACAUACCACCAGAGCCCCUACGUAUUCAUUGUGCGUAGCGGUUUGCACUUCGGUCCCAUCAAGCAACUGGUGCUCGCUUUCCGCACAGGUGUUUGGAUAGCCAUUGGUUGCUGUUGCGUGGUUGGCAUGAUUUUCAUCCGCCUAAUUGUAAGGUACACAAAUCGUCAGAUAUGCGAGAAAAUAGUCGGCACACCCAGACGCAGUGACUCCACCAAUUUGAUUGUCGUAUUGAUGGGUAAUCCCAUUAAAGCAUUACCACGCCAUAACAGCGCACGCCUCCUACUCAUGUCCUGGCUGUUGGCUACAUUGGUGCUGCGUAAUGCCUACCAAGCGAAUUUGUUCGACACAUUACGCAUAUCGCGACGCAUUCCUGUUCCGCGCAGCAUCUCUGGGCUUGAAGAUAAAAACUAUGUGCUGCUCUCCGACAAAUAUGUGGACUUCUAUCAGCAAAAUAUGACAACAAUUGUUCGUAAUUUGUCGAAACGUUACAGUCUUAUUCAAAAUAGUGUAACGUCACGCUUAACCACUUAUUCUACGCUGGACGUUUUGGCUUGGCACAAUCAACAAAAUUGGCAAACCAGUCGCUUGACGUACGUCGACGAACCAAUCUAUCCCGUGCAGAUAUCCAUGUUUUUCAAGAAACACUCUAUGAUGCGUGCAUUCUUUAAUUAUCGCAUUAAGCAAUUCAUGGCCGCAGGAAUAACUUCGCACAUUGCUUCCAAACAUGUGAGUAGAAGUUACGAAAUAAUUAACACAAGACCACGACGGUUGCCGGCCAUCAGUAGUAAUAUGCUGAAGGGGCUCUACUUGUUGUACUCGAUGCUAAUGGGUCUGGCAUGUGCGCUGUUUGCGCUGGAGCUGCUGAGCGAGAAACUGCAGGGCAUGAAGCGCGUCGUGGACUGGAUGCACUGCGUGGAAAGCAACUAG